AUGUUAUCAAGAUCUAGUGCUGCUACUUUAAGAAGACUCCCAUUGGCUGUCAACACCACACGUGUUGGGACAUUAUUCCAAACUUCAUUUGUUAGAAACAAAGUUACAUUACCUGAUUUAGAUUGGGAUUUUGGUGAAUUAGAGCCAUAUAUUAGUGGACAAAUUAAUGAAUUACAUUACACAAAACAUCAUCAAACUUAUGUAAAUGGAUUUAAUACAGCAGUUGAACAAUUACAAGACCUUAGUGAAAAAUUAUCAAAGGAUCCAACCCCUGCUUUAUCUAGAGAAAUUUUACAAGUUGAACAAAAUUUGAAAUUUCAUGGUGGUGGUUAUACUAACCAUUGUAUCUUUUGGAAGAAUUUAAUUCCAGAGAAGAAUGGUGGUGGUGAAUUACCAAAGGAUUCGGCAUUAGCUAAAGCCAUUAAAGAACAAUACGGUUCAUUAGAUCCAUUAAUUUCAAGCACUAAUGCUACAUUAGCAGGUGUUCAAGGUUCCGGAUGGGCAUGGAUUGUUAAGAAUUUAGAUAACGGUGGUAAAUUAGAAGUUGUUAAAACAAUGAACCAAGAUACUGUUACAGGUAAUAAAAUUCCAUUAGUUGCAAUUGAUGCAUGGGAACAUGCUUAUUAUUUACAAUAUCAAAAUAAGAAAGUUGAUUAUUUCAAAGCUAUUUGGAAUGUUAUCAAUUGGAAAGAAGCCGCUAGAAGAUAUGAUACUGAAGGUAUUUAA